AUGCAGAAGUUGCUCCCACUCUUCGUCGUCGCGCUUGGUGUGUUUCUAGCGGAUGCAGCCACCACGAGCUUGGACGGGAUCUACUCGCUUGUGCAACGCCAGAUCCCACAGCAUGAAAACUCGUUCACGUUCUCUUUGAUCGCAGGCGGAGGAGAUUCCUUCGUGAUCAGUGAUAGCGAAGGUGAUAGCGGCGGUAUCACUGUCGAGUGUACAACUGUCAGUGCGUGCGCCAGGGGGCUUUACACAUACCACUUCAACACCGUUACAUUCGACUACACGGCCGCCUUCUGGAACUUUGAUCAAUGGGAGCUCGAGCUUGAUUGGCUUGCCCUGCGUGGCGUGAACCUGCCUCUGGCAUGGGUGGGAUAUGAAUAUAUUCUAGUGCAGGUAUUCCAGGAAUUCGGACUGACCGAUGCAGAUAUCGCGUCCUUCCUCUCAGGUCCUGCCUUUCAGGCGUGGAAUCGGUUUGGAAAUAUUCAAGGCAGCUGGAGUGGGGCGCUACCUACGCAGUGGAUCAACGAUCAAUGGGCACUCCAGCAGCAGAUCGUGCAGCGGAUGGUAGAACUCGGAAUGACACCUGUCCUGCCGGCAUUCACUGGAUUCGUCCCUCGCGCGAUGUCAACGCUCUACCCUAACGCGUCCAUCGUGAACGGGAGCCAAUGGGAAGGCUUCCCUUCUACUUUGACUUAUACGACAUUUUUGGAGCCGUUCGAUCCACUCUUCACCACGAUGCAGAAGUCGUUCAUCUCGAAGCAACAGGCUGCGUAUGGCGCAAAUGUCUCACAUGUCUACACGUUAGAUCAAUACAACGAGAAUGACCCAUACAGUGGAGACGUCGGCUACCUUGCAAACAUUUCAGCGGGCACGUUUGCAAGCCUGCAGGCCGCGGAUCCGGAGGCAGUGUGGAUGAUGCAGGGCUGGCUGUUCUUCGCUAGCGAAGCCUUUUGGACAACGGAGCGGAUCGCUGCAUUCCUAGGUGCUGUUCCUAGCAAUGACAGCAUGAUUAUCCUCGAUCUAUAUUCUGAGGCUGCGCCACAGUGGCAGCGCACGGAUUCGUACUACGGCAAACAAUGGAUCUGGUGCGAGCUGCACGAUUUUGGAGGAAACAUGGGGUUUGAAGGCAACCUUCCCGAGCUCGUCACCGGUCCCAUUCAGGCUCUGAGCAACGCCAGCUCGAUGAGGGGUAUGGGUCUUACGCCGGAGGGACAAGAGGGAAAUGAGAUCGUCUACGAUAUCCUACUCGACCAAGCUUGGUCGUCCACAUCUAUUGACAUCGCGUCCUAUGUUGAAGCCUGGGUGGCCCGACGCUACACUGUGCAGGAUCUCCCGUCCGCGGCACAAGAGGCCUGGACUAUCCUUAGUACUACUGUCUACAGUAACUCGGACCCCAACACUCAAGCAACUAUCAAGAGCAUAUUUGAGCUCGCACCUGACCUCUCCGGUCUUACUGAUCGCACAGGACAUCAUUGUACUGAGAUUCCCUACGACACGAACAUAACGAUCGUCCCGGCGUUGCAGAACCUUGUCCAAGCGGCCACCGAAAAUCCACUCCUUCUCUCGGUUCCAGAGUUUAUGUAUGACGUUGUGGAUGUGACCAGACAGCUCCUCGCCAACCGAUUUAUCGACGUAUAUAACGAACUCGUGUCAACAUUCUACUCCACUGGUGUAACAGCUGCAUCUGUCAAAAACGCUGGACAGCCGCUCCUGACUAUUCUUUCAGACGUCGACACGUUACUCUGGACAAACGAUAACUUUUUGCUGAGCAACUGGAUCCUCGGUGCGAUCAACCUCUCGGACAACAAUGGCACGUACGCCGAUUACCUCGAGUAUAAUGCUCGCAACCAGAUCACCCUUUGGGGCCCGGAUGGCGAGAUCAAUGAUUACGCAUCAAAGCAAUGGGCUGGCUUCGUCGGGACAUACUACUACGAUCGCUGGAACAUGUUCAUUACGUAUCUGGAGGACAUUACACAGAACGGAACAGCAUACAACGACACCGCCAUCCAAACCGUAAUGCUGAAUUUCGGGAAGGAGUGGGAUACCCAGACUUAUAGCUUGUCGGCAACUGUGUCGGGAGAUACGAUGUCCAUCGUUGAUAGUUUGAUACAGAAGUGGCUAUGA